CGAACAAACUAGCAGUGCCGCGUUCAAAUUUCGAACAGUUGAAUGCGUAUUGUAACUGUUUAUCGGGGCGAUUUACCGUGCCACGCGACGUUGCCAGUUCGCACUUCAAAUUAGAAGGUUUUCGCGAAGCAAAAACUAGAAGCUAUGUCUCUACCAAAGGUUAAAGAUGAGAUACAAGAUGAAAUGAGUCUUGUUAUUUGAGACAAAGAGUCGUGUCCAGGAGGCAGGACGUCCGCAACAAUGCUAAAGGAGCGGGAGAGCUCGGAGGGGUCACCCGGUGUGCCUGAUGAGUGCGCGGGAUGCGGGGGCAGGAUACAAGACAGGUUUUACCUGCUCGCUGUUGAUCGACAAUGGCACGGCAGCUGUCUGCGAUGCUGUGAGUGCCGUCUGCCACUAGACUCCGAGCUGACCUGCUUCUCAAGAGAUGGAAAUAUUUACUGCAAGGAGGACUACUAUAGAUUAUUCUGCGUGAAGCGAUGUGCACGCUGUGGAAAUGGCAUAACAGCUAACGAGUUAGUAAUGCGAGCGAGAGAUAUGGUAUAUCAUCUAACUUGCUUCACCUGUGCGGCAUGUGGUAGUCUGCUCUCUAAAGGAGAUGUAUUUGGUAUGCGCGAUGGUCUAGUCUACUGCAGACCACAUUACGACAGCGCUUGCUUGGAUGAGUAUUGCGAUGAAGAUAUGAACAUGUAUAGGUGUCAGGAUAUGCACAGUGAAGGUGAUUCCCCAUCGCAAUAUUACACUGGUGGGCCAAGUCAGAAAGGUCGUCCACGAAAACGGAAAAGCGCUCAAGGAUCACCUGAAGAUUUGCAAGUUCAAACUAUGCGUAUGACGAACACCGCGUUGGAUUUACUUCACCGCGGUGAUUUGUCUUCGUCUAUGGAAUCUCUGGCGUAUGACUCCUCUGUCGCAUCCCCUGGAAGUGCGACCAGCCACUCACAAAGAACCAAACGCAUGCGCACCAGUUUCAAGCAUCACCAAUUGCGUACAAUGAAAUCGUACUUUGCUAUUAAUCAAAAUCCUGACGCUAAAGAUCUUAAGCAGCUGGCACAGAAGACUGGGCUAUCUAAACGUGUACUUCAGGUGUGGUUUCAAAACGCUCGCGCUAAGUGGCGCAGGAAUAUGAUGAGGCAGGAAUCUAGUCAUGGACAGAUCGCUCUGAACGGUAACAGCGGACAUAACAAUGGUAAUCUGGUCAGUGUACCACCACCUAAUAUCGGUCCUAUGAUGAUAUCAGAAUCUCUGCAGACCAUUGAAGAUCUCAGAGUUCACACACCACAUCAGAUGGCGUUCAAUGAGAUGUACUGAUUAUAGAAUACUUGGUAUGUCGACUAUUACUAAUUUACAAAAUAUGUGAAAACCCAAAUUGUGCCCACAAGCACCAAUAACUAUCUCGUGCAUUUUAUAUCUGGGGGUCUUGUUCGGAAUUGUAUUAUUAUAGUCGUUUGGAAUGCAUAGAUUGGUAAUAACUUGGUCACAGUUUCUUUACUUAACCAUAUAUUAAACAAUAAUAUUUCUUCACUUAUGGACAAAUGGAUUUUUAUGACACUAUCAUACAUUUACACACAUUAACGCAUUAUAUAUAAUUCAUGGAUUAAGGUUCUAUCUUUCUAGAUAGUCCACAUCUGCGCGCUCUAGGAUAUGAUUUUAUUCAUAAAUAAUUUUGAAUUGAGUGACCACCUCACGCGAAUCCUCUCUAAUUAAUAAUAAUAUAGGAAAUGUAUGGGGCUAUAGGAAUUUUCAUUCUUAAAUAACCUAUUUCUAAAGAGUCGUCUCCCGUUGUUGUCUAUAUUAUACAUAGUAUAAGCCAAACUUAGAUCAUUAAAAAUUCACGUCAACAGUUAUUGGCAAAACAAAUCCUUAUUAAGAGUUAAUUGUACCAGGCUCUCUACAUAUAUCGAAUAUGUUAUAUUGUCAACUGAUUGCUGUAUGCUGUAUGAAUAGGAAUUCAGCUGUAAAAAAAUACCAUUCGUUUUGAAAUAUUUUUUAAGUAAAAUUACUAUGUCGACUAUGUAUUGCAUUGACGUGUUUUUUAUUAGUUUGUACAAUAUAUUUAUUUAACUGUUAAUGGUAUAUAGUCUUUUAUGUGUUAGUUAUUUAUGUAAAUAGGUUUAUUUGUUUUUGGUGGCAUACUUAGCUUCUUAUUUAUUAGCACUACUUUACUCCGAUUAUUAUAUACUACUCAAUCGCGUAAGUGUUAUAAGGGGACAUAUCAUUUUACAUGUAAACAGCACUAUCUACUACGAGCCGUUAAUUUCUUUAAUAGCGUGGAAUAUUGUUAAUCAUUCAGUUUUCCCAGUCAACCACAACUUUGACAAAGUAUCAAACAUAUUAAACUUCUAUGAUUUCGCGCGUAAUCUUGUGUGUAAGUUUUUGUUUAAUGCAUUUGUCGCGGUUAAUGUUUUCUACGGUAUAGUGUUCAGAAUUAAUAGGAAUUCUUUUCUACUUAAAAUAUGUUCAUAUGACAUUUAAAUUAAUUUAUACAACUUUAAUCAUAGGUUAGAUUUAAAAAAAUAAACGUUCCAAUUUAUUGUUAAGUGUAAAAUAUAUAUCGAAUUUAAUAUACUUUUUACUGUAAAUACAGUCAAGACUAGUCAGCCCUUAGUGAAUAGUACCUACCCAACUGUAAACUAUAGGCUUAGAACCUACUUCUAAAUAAUAUCAAUACCUAUAUAGUAAUAUACAUUAUUCCAUUAGAAACUGUCUAGUUUUAAUAAUACUUUCUUUGGUUUUGUAAGUUUCAAGUAUUAAACGUAUUUUGUUUAUUAUUUAUAUAAAUAUAAAGAUGUUAUGUAAAGCAAGCCGAGAUGAGAAUGUGAAUUCAACGAAGAUGUUUAAUUGGCGAAAUUGAUGCAUUUGUCGUUAGAUUACCUAGAGGUUAAGAGUUCGAUUCUUUACCCUAAGGUAGUAUGUUUUCUGUCCAUGUUCACGGCAUGUCUUAGACCAAAUAAACGGUCUGAUUGAAGGCUAAUCAUCUAAUUGACUAUAGGAAUGAUUAUUUAAAGAAAUGUGCCUCCCAUUAGCUAGUGCUUUAUAUAAUGCAUGGCCACGGGUUCAUUCAAUUAAUGUUCAUUAAUUUAUUGGCAUUGUAUAAUUCGCCUAUCUUCUUUCAGGGUGAUUCUUAUUUAUGAUGUGCAUAAUUUUUAAGUUUUAUG